CAAAAAAUGCAAUUUAAUAAGACACAUGAAAUUACAUGAACGCACAAUUACAUCUUCAAAACCAGAUACAGAUAUUGAAUUAAAUUUUGUUAAUUUUCAGGAGUUUGAAGAAUGGAAAUCAAAUGAGGAGGUAAGUACUUUGUCGCGCUUUAUUAAACAAAGAUGGUCCAGAUUUAACAAAGAUAAAACUGUAUCCACGAGCAUUUAUUAUUGUCAUCGUUCAGGAAAGUUUACAAGCAAGGCUACUGGAAAACGUGCCAUGAAAAUAAUUGAUAAUUUCUGUCCUUCAUACAUACGAGUAGUAGUUAAAGGAUGUGGAAAUGUAGAAAUCAAAUAUUGUAAGACACUUAAAGGGCAUAACAAUGAAGUAAAAUAUCUUCCCAUUCCUAAAAAAGUACAAGAAACAAUUUCUGGAAAAUAG